UGUGUGUCUCGCUCAGGUCACGUGUACAGCACUGUGUUCUCUGUGAGCGUGUUUUGCGUGACGGGAACAAUUACUAGAACGUCACAACGACGAAUCAUACCGAGAACAAGUGUCAUACGGUGGAGCAAGGAUGAGUGCGAAGGUAAAGGACGAAGCACAUUUAAGAGCAAUGGCCAAAUUUAAAACCAAACGGAUGGACAAGUCAAAACCAGACUCUGAGAGGGACUCGGGAUUCUCAGACGGCAGCUCUGAGCAUCUGAGUGCGAUCGAUCAGACAGACACGGACGAUGCGGCGUGUUUUGUGGGUUCUAGAUCACGCGCCUCUCCGCUGAGCACUGUGGUCGGGGGAACACUGAAGCGUCUGUCACCCAUGAUCAUCAUGAACAAUGUUGUUCUGAAUCAGUCUGGAGAAAACGCUGCUGCUUUGAAACCCUGGAGCUUCAGUCCAGCUGUUGAGGUGGUUCAGCAGCCUCAGGUCGUCUUCCUGCAACCCGUGGUUCCUCAAGUAACUGCAGCGGUGCCAAAGGGACCCCCUUCUAAACGCAGACGACACAAAAAAUACCUCCCCAUCCUCAAAUCCUACCCCAAAAUCGCCCCUCACCCUGGAGACAGUCCACACAAGGCAGGCAGCAACAGCUCAUCUUCUAGUUCCAGUUCUUCAGUAAAGAGUGACCGUUUGUCUUCCCAGCACUUGUAUCGAGGUCAAAAACACAGACGGCACAGCUCGCAGUCCGGCACGCCAACCGUACCCAGCUCGCCUCAGCCCUCAACACUUCCACACAACACAUCAAUUGUCUCAAAUACUACGGGCUGCCUUGACAGUGACGUGCAAACAAACAUUAGUCCCGAAUCCACGGACAACCACUCCGAUCCGCCUCUGCGGACGUUGACGCCUAAUUCACGCGCCGUUUCGGUGAACAGCAUCUGCGAAGGCGACACGGACAACAAGGUGAAGCGGUUCUGCAACACAUACAACAUUCUCAGUAAGUCAGGAUUGCUGAACAUUACGCUUCGCACGAAAGAGUUAAUUCGGCAGAAUCGACGGACGCAGACGGAGCUGGAGCGGCUACGUGAGCUCACAAACCUCUUCAUGGAAGCUCUGCAGACGGGCGACUCGGGAAUCUGGAGCAAACUUCAAACCAGCAUGCUAGAGGAGGACCAAACGAAAGAUAAUACGCCACACGUAGGACACGGGGACCGUUUCUCAAAAGAAGGUCAAUGAACAAUAAAGUCGGUCAGAUCACAGUGAGGGUGUGUGAUGCACCAUAGUGCUUUUAAUAUGUGCUUAAGUUGCAUUGUCCAGAAAUGAUCUCUUAUCUCUACAACUGUGGUCCUAGGCAAUGCCAGAGUCAGAAUGUUAUUAAAGGUGAAGUGUGCCGUUUAUCUGUGUUAAGGUGCUUAAUAUUGCCGAGUAUCAGUAGUCGAUUGGAAAUCAUUCCUGUAUUGUAGUGUCUCGCACCCAAACCGCUGAGAACAUUUCAGUAUGUGUUUGACCGCUGUAAAAUAGUUUAAAAUGCAAUGUUAAAAAUGACUGUUAUAAAUGACUGUUUGAAUGCAAAACAAAUCUAGCGAAAUGGACCUGAAACGCAUACUAGGAAUACUACAUACCACUAAACAUUUAAGUUGAAAAUGCUUUUAUUUCAAUGCUCGAGAGUCAGUUAAAAUGCACAUAUUAUUGCAAUUAGUAAAAACAUCAAACUAAGCAAAUACCAGUUUGUUUUACUCACAGACAAAAACAUAGUGAGUAAUCGCUAAUUAUAUGUCUUUGACGAUUAUGAUGGUGUCGCUUAUAUGCCGCGUUUUCACUUAUAACUUUACAAAAAAUAAGUGUAAUAUAGAAUACUACAUAUGAUUAUUUAGAGUCUGUGAUUAUCUUUCAAUGGAGUCCAGACACAAGAUAAUCAGAUGUAUAGAUCAUUAGAUAAUCCACAUGAAGCACAAUGUUACAUAUGACCACCAGGAGAUGGCGCCAAAUACACGACACAGACUCAAUGAUGACUCAAAUGACACAGAAUGAAACUCAUUCUUCAUGAUUUUUCAUCAGUUUCUUAGUCUGAGAUUCUCAGGAUGUAUCAAUCUUUAUCAUUUAAAAAAAACUUUAAUGUUCUAUACAAUGAUACCAGACACAUGACACUUUUUUUUUUUAUUAUCCAAAUAUAAGCCUUUAGUUUUGGGUUUGCCACUGAAACAGGAAAUCUUAAAAGCACCUUUAGAGCAUAAAAGGUUAAAUCGCAAGAUAGAUAUUUUACUCUGAGCAAAACUCCACUACAAUGAGAGGAAAUCACCCGCAUUUACUACCAAAUUUCACGCUAUACGACUAAAAAUGUACAUAUUUGCCAAGUGGCUGGUAAAUAUUUGUAUUUCACUCCAGUAAUUGUGUAAUGUGCGUCCAAAGACGAAAUCCAGUGUCUCUUUUAAUGAUCAAAAACAAUAAAAAAUAAACAUUCAAUUCUAAUCAGACAUAGUACAGGUGAGAAAGUCAUUAAAGCCCCUCUCAUUAAUAUGCGCUCAUUUACAGACAUGCAUGUUUCCUUAAAGAGACAGUACUGGGUUUUUUUUUAGCACGUAUUCAAGAAAUCAAUGUAAUUAUGCAAUUAAACAAUAAACAUGUAACAAAAUAAAAUAUUUGCAAUAUAAAAUCUUAUUUAUUGAUUAAAUGCAUUGAUUUGUUCUUAAAAAAAUAUAUAUAUUUUCCAUAAUGUAUCUAGUUAAAAGGUCCCCUGUAUAUAUAACGGCAUUAGCCGGGAGAGAAUUUCUUUCAUAUGUGAGCACAAGGGACAUUAUAACUAGUCUAAACUUAAAGCAUAAAAUGUCAUUGAUGUGCAAAGAGUUUGAGAGUUUGGAGUUACUGUCGGACACAUCGUUCCAGCUGAAAGGGAACGUUAGAAACGUAUAUUUAUUUACAAAAGUCUGAGACCAUGUUGAAAUCAGGGAUAUGUUUAUUUCAAGUUCGACCUGGACUUAAAAUAUUAUGAUACUGAAUAUGAUAAAACUGCAAUAAUAAAAUAAAUCAUGAUCAUCUGGUUAAGAAAUGCAAGUCAUCAGUUCAGCAUUUACUCCCAUUGUGACACUGAUACAUGAUGUGUAAUUAAAACGUUACAUUAAAUACAAAACAGUAAAAAUGCUAAAUUGAGGCAUUUGUGGUCCUAGAUUUUGGACCUCACCGUAGGUGUAUUUUGGAAAUGAACUUUUAUAUUUUAUGUCCUUUUGUACAUUGAGGUCUCUUAAAACGACAGUUUUACUUCUCUUUUGUAUGAAAACGUAGAAAACAUUUUGUAGUCUGGCAGUUUUGAUAAUCUUCAGAUACGUUUUGGUGUCUAAUUGUGAGUGUUUGCUCCCGUAACAGCUGCAAUUUAUUCACUGGACUGAUUCAUUCGACUGUUGAUUUGAUGAAAUAUGCUGCACAUUUGAGUCUGAACCUCGUUAACCAGUUUAACAUCCGCGUCUUCAGAUGUGUGUGCGUAUAUACCAUUUAAAAGCCCAAAAGGCUUCACAUGUGACGUCUGCGAAAGGUGUCAAUCUGAUAUCUAAUCUGUGAAUUUGGAAAGUACUUUCUCUGAUUCUGGCGGAAACGUUCGUCUUUAUGUUGCUUUUAUUAUCACUGACAUCUUGUUACUCUUGUCUUAAUAAUAUGCGGUGUUGUGUAUGGACAUGUCUGACUUUUAUGAACCGCUUUAUUACAGCUCUAAUCCUGUGUGUGGUUUUACAUUAAUACGACAUACAUGCACUUAUAAUAUAUGACAUUGUGUUUCUAGAUGAGGUCUUAAAUUAAGAUAUCAUACAGGAAUUAAACAUUUUCUUAAGAGCAUUUAUCAGCAAAACCAAAUAACAAUAUUCCUCUGAUUCUUUUAAAAGUUGUAUAUUUUUGUGUUGUUUCUCUCUCUCUUCAUUAUCCACUUGUUUACUUUUUAUGUUUUAAGACAUGGUUUACUCGAUAAACUGCAAAGGCUAAAGUUUUCAUGUUAUAAAGUUAUUAAAAUCAAUUCAGAUGCACUGUUGUGUUCAUAAGUUGUACAUUGUAGCUAAACCUAUUUUAUAUCACAGCUUGUGUCUACUCGGAUGUAGACCACGAUUCAUUAUGAUAAAUGCUAAAGUACUAAAUGAUCAAUAGAUCAAUCAAAAUGUGCCCAAAGAUGCAUCCCAAAUGUAUCUUUCAAAACAGGGUAGCCUAUUUUUCUGUGACUUUUCAAGGCAAUUUCAAAUAAAAGGCAUGCAUAGAAACUCUGUACUUGUGAUUAUUGAAUAUUUAAGAUGUGUGAUUAUCACAAGCGUCAGCUGAAUUUUGAUUAAAGGGACAGUUCACCUAAAAAUGAAAA